AUGUCGACUUAUUUCACUACUCUUCUUAAGCGAGCCGAAUGCAAGAACGAUGAUCCGAGGUUUGAUGCUUGCGAAACAUAUGUUAGCGACUUUACGAAAACAGGUAUUCCUUUAAUCAUUGGUUUAUCCCUUCUCCUUUGCGCUGGCACAGUCAUGUUCUUCAUCGUGCGGCGACAGCGUCAGCGACAGAGAGCAGCAGAGGCCGCAAAGGAUCGCAUGAUUGACGACAAUAUGGAGCUUACUUGGGUCCCGAUUCCGAAAUCAAAUGAUGGCAGUAUGCCUCGCGAUCAAGGGCGGGAUAAUUACCAGCAACCUUCGAUGCCACCACCAAGCUAUAAUCAGACUCAUCCUCCGAGAUCUGAUCAGAAGUAUCAUGGCCGAAGAGCUUCACGAGAUUCCGACUAUGCUUAA